CCCGCGGGGCGGCGCCGCGCGGGGCCCGGGAUGGCGGAGGCGGCGCAGACGCGGGUGCAGGCGGCGGUGGAGAGCGCCGUGCGGGGGCUGGAGCGGGAGCGCAUCCGCGGCAUGCAGGGCGCCAUGUUCCGGUGCAGCGCCCGGUGCUGCGAGGACGACACGGCCUCCAUGCAGCAGGUGCAGCGAUGCAUCGAGCGGUGCCACGCGCCCCUGGCCCAGGCUCAGGCCAUCGUCACCGCCGAGCUGGAGCACUUCCAGGAUCGCUUGAGCCGCUGCACGCUGCACUGCAACGACAAGGCGAAGGACGCGCUGGAGGCGGGGGGCACGGAGGCGCGGGUGCGAGGCCAGCUCGACGCCUGCCUGGUCGCCUGCGGGGACGACCACCUGCGCCUCGUCCCCGCCAUGGCCAAGAAGAUGAAGGACAGCCUGGCCGCCCUCCAGCAGUAGCGGGGCGCCGGGGGGGGGCCCCCCCCCCGCCUCGACGCGCUUUAUUAAAGGUUCAUGGACAAGAAGCUGUCAUGUGAGUGCCGGCCGCCCGGAGCUGCUCCCGGCCCUGAGUUGAUUUUGCCGCGUGUGUCUGCGCCGGGGCGUGGGUGAAAUUAAAUGGCGGCCGACACGUCCAGGGGAUAUUGCGGGGCUUUGAUCCCUUCAUGAACCUCGUCAUCGAUGAGUGCGUGGAGAUGGCGCCGGGGGGACAGCAGAACAAUAUCGGCAUGGUGGUAAUACGAGGGAACAGCAUCAUUAUGCUGGAAGCCUUGGAACGAGUAUAGCGCCGGAGAAACCUGUGUCGUUACUGGCCGUGACAAGACCUAACCCACCUCUUUUGUUUACUCAUUGAACCUGCCACAGGGCAUCCCUGAGCAUAAACUUAUUUUUUUGUUUUGUUUUGUUAAAUAAAUUUUGUAAUGGUUGACGUAA